AUGGAAGUUUCCUAUUGGGAGCCGCAAGCCGAGAAGAGAAAGAAAGCACUGAAGCUGCUGCGAGAGGCAGGGGGCCGCCCUCUAAAGCGUCGUGCGCAGCCACCGACCCAAGAGGAGGUGAUACGCGCAGCAAAGGAGGGCGACGUGACGGAGCUUGCGGCGUUCCACGAGGCCGGCACCGACCUCCUUGUGGCCCCGGUGCUGGGGACUUCGAAGCAAACCGCGGCGUACAUUGCCGCGGAGAGCGGCCAUGUUGAGGCACUGCGGUACUUGCACGACGAGGUUGGUGUCAACCUCAGCGUGCCGGACGGGCAUGGAUCCCUUCCGGUCGAAGCGGCAGCCAGCGAAGGCCACGCAGAGGUGCUGCGGUACUUCGACGAGGUCGGUGUGAACCUCAGUGUCCGGGACAGCUUUGGCAUCACGCCCGCCUCUUGGGCAGCCAUGAAUGGCCACGCAAAGGCGCUGGAGGUUCUGCGUGAGGCCGGCGCCGAUCUGCAGUCGGCGAACGAAGUUGAAGAAGAAGGAGACACGCCCGCGCACUUGGCCGCCGUGCAUGGCCAUGUCGACGCGCUGAGGGUCCUGAUCGAGGCGGGCGUGGAUGUGAAUGCUGUCAACGACCAGGGCAAGACGCCGGCUGACUUGGCAAUGGACAGAUCCCAUCAAAAAUGCCUGGAGCUGCUGCAACAGGCUGGGGGCCGCCCUCUGAAGCACCACUAG